AGAUUCAAGAAAAAAAAAGCGCAAAUUAUUGGGGAGACAACACAACACAACAAUGAGUUUCUCGGUGGUCUUGUUCCAGAAACCCUACCCUGCAACACCAACCUUACCCAUCACUACCACCUUCACAAUCUCAUCAUCCUCAUCAUCUUUCAGACCAAGAAGAAGACUACCUUCUUCAACCAAUCGCAUCUUCCCUGUAAACCAACCAAAACCCAUAACCAAAAAUGGCCAAACCGAAACCCUAGCCGCCAGAGACACAAUCAUAGACUUCGGCAAGCACAAGGGCAAAAUGCUCGGCUCUCUGCCCUCCUCUUACCUCAAAUGGGUCUCCAAGAAUCUACGCGCAGGAGACACCGAGUACUGGGCGAAGCUCGCAGACCAAGUGCUCGAGGACGAUGUUUAUAAAGACAGAAUUGAGUGGGAGUUUGCAGAGAAAAUCCUCCACGGAAGUGACGAGAGUUUAAAGAAGAGCAGAGAAGAAGAGGUAAGCUCUGUUUCGAUGUUGUUGGAGAUUAGCGAGAGGUUUGGUUGGGACAAUGAGGAUAAGAUUGGUUGGAGCAGAGUCAACUUCGAGCUUCUGGGGACGAGCAAGGGUGGUCGGAUUCCUAGGUUGGGAGAGGAUAGAGGAGAUAUGGUGAGAAGGAGAGAGGUCAAGAAGAAGAAGGGAGAGGAGGAAGAUGGUAGUGGGUGGAGGAGGAGAGAGAGGCGUGAGAGGAUGAGGCAGAGUCUUGGGAGAGAGAAGGAGAAUGAUGAUGGCAAAACGGUGAAUAGGAGUGAUCAGAAGGGUGUUCUGGGAAGGUUAGGAGAAGUAGAGAAGCAGAUUGAGCCGAAGAUUUAUAGUCCUUUUCCAGGACGUGAGAGUUUGUUGAAGAAAGUUAUGAACAAGAGAAGGUCUCAAUGACACAUAAAGAGUAUGUUGUGUUAGUAUUAGUAAAGGCAGUUCCUUUGUGUAUCUGAAAGAUCAAAACUUUACUUAUUCAUCUCAAGUUCAAGUAACUUCCUAAUCAUUUUCAUACU